UAUUAUUUUAGUGUCUUCACAUUUCACACACCAAUAUGAAAUCUCCAUAUUCAUAAACUCUCUCUUCAUUUCCCUUCUUUAACCAAACUUCUAUUUUCCUCCUCUUCUUCUUCUUCUUCUCAAACCGUAAUAUUAUUGGAAUAUGCAAUGCAACAACUCUCUACUACUAUCUUUCUUCUAAUUCCCACACCAAUUUCUCACCUCCUCUCUUUUAUCCAAUUUUAAUAACCCCAAACUCUUACCCUUUAUUAUUUUCUCUCUCUCUUUCUCUUCGACUCCUCCUUCAUAUAAUGGAGCUUACUACUCAAGACCCUCCUAUCCCCAUCCCUAUUCCCAUCCCCUUAAAUAGUCGUUACGGCGGUCACGACCACGACCAUAUCAUCCACCACCAUGACCCUUCCGCCACCCGUAACCACAUCAUUGCAGCAUCGAUCAAUGGUGGAAGCCCACUUCCAACUUCCCAAAUGGAACCUGACCUUCACCUUCAUAACAAUAGCAACAGUAACAAUAACAGCAGCAACAACAAGAAGCAUAUCAAAUACAAAGAGUGUCUCAAAAACCAUGCAGCUUCCAUGGGAGGCAAUGCCACGGAUGGCUGCGGCGAGUUUAUGCCGAGUGGUGAAGAAGGUUCCAUUGAAGCCCUAACAUGCUCGGCUUGCAAUUGUCAUAGAAACUUCCAUCGAAAAGAGAUCGAAGGAGAACCCUACGAUUGGCUCCACCACUCUCGCUUCGGGCGAAAGCUUCUCGUCGGUGGAAAGAACAUGAUCAGCCCACCAGAGCCUGCUGCAUUCGCGUACCCGACUGCAGGAGGGGCGACGUUCAUAUCAUCAAGAGCAGCAACAGCUCAACCCCACCACAUGAUAAUGUCGUACAACAUGCUCGGUGGGGGCGGUGGGCACUCAGAGUCGGAGGAGCAGGAGGAGGCGACAGGGGUAGGAGUCGGGGGAAGGGUCUAUUCGGGGCCAAUGAUGAAUAAGAAGCGAUUUCGAACGAAGUUCACGGCGGAGCAGAAAGAGAAGAUGCUACGGUUUGCAGAGAAAGUUGGAUGGAAGAUUCAAAAGCAAGAGGAAAGUGUGGUUCAACAAUUCUGUCAAGAGAUUGGAGUGAAGAGGAGAGUUCUAAAAGUUUGGAUGCAUAACAACAAGCACAAUCUUGCCAAGAAGGAUACAAUUUCCCCUUCUCAUUCUCCUAAUCCCUUAAAUUAAAUUAAAAUUUCUUCAUUUCUUUCUCUCUUUUUAACUCAUCAGAUUGAAUUAUAUAAUUAUCAUUACUAUUAUUGUUGUUAUUAUUGGCUAAUGAUGAUGAUGAUGGUCAAUGUGUUGGUGUUGGAAUA